AUGGAAUGUCAACUCUGUCAUUCAGAUUCCGAGACUAUCGAUCACAUAUUAGUUAAAUGUACAUUGUCUCAGGCUGUUUGGUUCGCUUCACCACUUACCUGGAGGAUUCAAGGCUCAACUGAUAUUAGUUUGAGGGCUUGUUUGCAAAAAUGGCUUCUUGCUGGUGAUGAUGAUCAUGCGUUCUUCAUGGGUGCUUGCUUACUAUGGUCAAUCUUGGUGGCUCGAAAUAAUCUUAUAUACGAGAAGAGAAAUGCUAAUGUUGAAGUUCUUAUUCGUGAGGGGUUGUAUUGGUUUAAAAAAAUUUAUUACCAUGGAGAAGAUAAUACAGGUGAAAUCUCUACAAGAUUUAAUUCAACAAACAGUCAAGUAGGUAUGUCUCAAUGGACUCCUCCACCGAAUGGAAAGAUCAAGAUAAACGUGGAUGCGGCGAGCAAGGAUGGUCGUGCUUCUUGUGUUGUUGUUGCGACGGAUUGGUAA